CAACAAUAUCACUUAAGUCAAGGAAGUACCUAAAUAUUGCAAAAUGACGAAAAAAGUUUGUUGCUUACGGCCGGAAACCUUUGGCGUGGUAAUAGGUUGUCUUAGCAGUGUGGCGUCCACAUUUGCAACAACCAUGUUGCCCUUUUUUUUGGCAGCAAGAGUUAUAGAAUUAACGAUUGGCGUGAUUCUUCUGCUGUUACUAGUGACGAACAUUGUGACAUCGUUUAUACUUUCAAUAGCUAUUUUAAAGAAACAAUAUCAUAAAAUGCUUCCCUGGUUGAUAGACAGUGGAUUGCUUUUGUUCUUCCUCACUAUUCUAGGAGUUUAUGGAUUGAUAAUGUUUAUCCAUAUGAGUGACCGUAUAUUUUUCAUAAUUUACAGUAGCUAAAUUGUUCUCUGCUGGUAUAUUUACUAUAGCAUGUAUUCGCUAUAUAAGAUUUUCCAGGCCUCCGAAAAUUUACAAGUUCAGAAUAUUGAACUCGUCGAUGUUCCCACAGCAUAGCAUCAUUUUUUAUUCAUUAUUAAGUCGAUUUUUUAUGCCAGUCUUAUUCUAUCAGUUCGCACUAGAAUUUUGCUUGAAUAUUUCCUUAAAUAUAAUAUAAGAUUCUUUUCGGGGUGCGCACUUAUUAGGAAGCUGAAUUUAAAUUUUCUCUUUGUUUAACUUUUGUUUUGAUAAUAUAUUUUUGAAAAUAUACUUCCUAAAAAGCC